CAACUCGGUUACUUGAUGCACUUGACUCCGUGUGUAGGUUUUCAGCUCCGAGCGUGCUCAUCCUCCAGUCGGUGCGCAUGCAAGCAGAACGGAAGGUGGACUGUCAGUAGAUUAGACACGUCGUCGUCAAAGAAGUGGGGAUAACAGGAACGAAAAGCGAGGCAACAGAAAGAUGCCCUCAUUUGGAAGAGCAGGUUUGAUACUGCUGCUGUCUCUUGUUAUCUUCAGUGGAAUAGGCUUCCGCUGGCUCUCUUCAUAUGAUAUGGUAGAGGUCAAGAUUGAAGCCCCGAUGAAAAAGUGGUCCCCGCCCACUGGUCAAGUGAAGCUUGCGGCUUCCUGCACUUGCCCAGCGAAGUCACAUGAUCUGGCAGGGAGCAUUCCCACUGCCAACCGAGAAGACAUUCAGAAACGACGGGCAGAGGAGUACAAGAAGCACCAGGCUAGAACAAGCUCCAUUUUGAACACACUCCUCUUUGCUCCAUCCAACUCUCCACUGCAGUAUCCCAUUCAGGGUUUCACAGUACGCCCCUUGGUCCCCACUCUUAUUCCAGGUUUAGCGUUGCACGGGGUUCAAAGAAGCAGCUAUAAGGUUUCACUACAGGUCACCAAAGGUGUCCUCAGUCUAGGGAGCCAGAGUGAAGCACUAAGUGUCAAAGGUGGCGGAAAGAAAAUGCUGGUCUUGGAGAAGCUCAGCUUAGAGGAACUCAACAAACUUCUGGCGAAGGUCACCUACACCAUUCCUGUGUACCACAUACACACCGGAGACCUAGUUCACUUCUCGUUUGAGCUUCAUGAAGCUGUGUUCCCCAUCGCCAUUCGGCAACCAACCGUACCUGUUCUUUUCGACAUGGGAACAAACCUUAGCGACCAAGUGACAGUCACCACCAAGACCUUUAUGCGCUACAAAGAGUUGACAGUCCUCAUAAGAAGCCUCAGGCAAUUCUACAAAGACGUGGUGCUCAUCGUAGCCGAUGACAGCUUUACUCCAGAAAAGAUCACAGAAGAAAAUGUUCUGCAAUACAUCAUGCCUGGGGGACAGGGAUGGUUUGCUGGCAGAACCCUGGCUGUCUCUCAAGUCACCACCAAGUACUUUCUUUGGGUGGAUGACGACUUUCUAUUCACUGGGAAAACAAAGAUAGAGGAUUUGGUGGAGGUGAUGGAGGCAACACCAGAGUUGGAUGUGGUUGGGGGUUCGGUUUCUGGGAACCAGUUCUACUUCUCCAUCGCCUAUGAGGAAGGCGAUGGAGUCACUGGAGGCUGUAUGGACAGGAAGUCCGACAUAAAGUUCCAAUCACUACCAAAUUACCCACAAUGCUCCAUAGUCAAUGGGGUGGUCAACUUCUUCCUGGCUCGUACCGAUGCUGUGAAUCGAGUGAGAUUUGACCCCAAGCUAAAGAGAGUGGCACAUUCAGAAUUCUUCAUGGAUGGUCUUGGCCAGUUGAUGGUUGCUACGUGUGGCCAUGUUUCCAUUGCCCAUCAGCCGAGAGGGGCCAAUGCUCAAUAUAAUCAGUUCAGACACCCUGGAAAGGGUGAUGUGCAGUAUAAACUACAGCUGCACUACUACAAAAACCAUCUACAAUGUCUCCACUACGGAUAGGAAGAAUCCCGACGGAUCCAUUCGCUAUAAGAGAAAGUUAUCUUCCAGUACUAUGCAUGUUUUCCCAUAAACAACCACUACUGGCUUGAGUGGUUGCUACACUAAUAGCUCAAUCAUUUUCAGGGUUAGGGUUAGGUUUAGGGUCUAUAUAUAUCAGUGGCGAAUGGUUGUUUUUAAAGUGAGGGAGGAAGGACUGUGCGCUUGGUUGCCAUUGGCCUGCUUGCACUGUUGGUGUAUGGUGGCAUAAGAAUGUGAGACUCAAGUUGUUUCAGGGUGUUUUGGUGAACUACAAAAUAGCAGGGAGGGAUAGUUAUCUGAAUAAAAUGUAUACAAAGCCACCCGUGGCAAAUUUCCACUGCAGGUGUAAUUUGAAAGCUGGUGGGCAGCAUGUCUUCGAAAUGGACCACAAGGGCAGAAGGAAAGGAUGCAAAGCCCAUUAGUCAAUCAGGCCUACUCUUGAUUUGUAAAAGUAAAUAAAUAAAUCUGGGCCUAUUUUAGCCCUCAAUUUCUGAAGUUAUUGGUUGUAAUUUAGCUAUGUUUAUAUUGUUUAUAUAUUUAUCCAAAGACUAAAGACCAAAUGUGAUGCCAUUUAAAAUGCAUCAUGCUCUGAAUCAUUCACCCUUUCCACAAUAUCAAACAGAAGGGUCAGAUUAAAAAACUAGUAAAAGAACGAGAACAUUAUUUCAAACAACCUGAUAUAGGCAUGGUGCAUAGCUAGGAAAGUCGCAUAGCAGCACCAACGUGACCUUGAAACUUGUCAAGGUGUUGGGUUGCCCUAUCAAGAUUUUGAAACCAUGAACAGUCCACGUUGGAGAUUUGCCAUUAUUCUUAGCAAACAGGGCCAUCAAACUCGAUUGCUAGUAAUGCUACCAGUAAGCAAUGACUACCCAGAAAACCAUUUAGCACCCACAACACUGACACUGAUUACUUUUGGUGAUGUCGAUUUUGCGAAGUGGUCUACCUUUUUAUUUGGUCGCUAACUUAGCACUGUAACUCAAUGAAUGGAAUGCUCUGUGUAAUUAAACAUGAACAAUGUCCUCUUGUUUCCAAUGUUUCCAUUGUACACUUUAUUCGCAAAUGUUAGAAUCUCGUUAUCCUUCAGAUGAUUUCACCUGCUUUGCGUCUCUUGUGCCGCGUUUCCACUGCAGGGUGCGGU